AUGGUCAACGACCGGUGGAAGACCAUGGGCGGCGCUUCCCAACUUGAGGACCGGCCGCGCGACAAGCCGCAGAGGCCGAGCUGCGGCUACGUGCUGUGCACGGUGCUGCUCUCCCUGGCCGUGCUGCUGGCCGUGGCGGUCACCGGCGCUCUGCUCUUCCUGAACCACGCGCACACGCCAGGCACGGCCCUCCCGCCCGUCGUCAGCACUGGGCCGGCCGGUGCCAACAGCGCCCUGGUCACCGUGGAGAGGGCCGACAGCUCGCACCUCAGCAUCCUCAUCGACCCGCGCUGCCCCGACCUCACCGAUGGCUUCGCCCGCCUGGAGGGCGCCCAGGCCUCCAUGCUGCAGGCGCUGACCAAGCACCAGGCUGAGCCGCGGCUGGUGGGUGAACAGGAGCAGGAGCUGCUGGACACACUGGCCGACCAAGUGCCCCAGCUGCUGGCCCGGGCCUCGGAGCUGCAGACGGAGUGUGCGGGGCUGCGGAAGGGGCACAGCUUGCUGGGCCAGGGGCUCAGUGCCCUGCAGGGCGAGCAGGCCCACCUCAUCCAGCUUCUCUCCGAGAGCCAAGGCCACAUGGCUCACCUGGUGAACUCAGUCAGCGACGUCCUGGACGCCCUGCACAGGGACCGGGUGCUGGGCCGGCCUCGGGUCAAGGCCGACCUUCAGAGGGCACCUGCCAGGGGGUCGCGGCCCCGGAGCUGCCCCAACGGCUCUCGGCCGCGUGACUGUCUGGACGUCCUCCUCGGCGGGCAGCAGGAGGACGGCGUCUACUCCGUCUUUCCCACACAUGACCCCACCGGCUUCCAGGUCUACUGCGACAUGCACACAGACGGAGGCGGCUGGACGGUGUUCCAGCGACGGGCGGACGGCUCCGUGAACUUCUUCCGCGGCUGGGAGGCGUACCGGGACGGCUUUGGCAAGCUCACGGGGGAGCACUGGUUAGGGCUCAAGAGGCUGCACGCACUGACCACGCAGGCGGCCUACGAGCUGCACGUGGACCUAGAGGACUUCGACAACGGCACAGCCUACGCCCACUACGGGAGCUUCGGCGUGGGCUUGUUCUCUGUGGACCCCGAGGAGGACGGGUUCCCACUCACUGUGGCCGACUACUCCGGCACUGCAGGGGACUCCCUCCUGAAGCACAGCGGCAUGAGGUUCACCACCAAGGACCGCGACAGUGACCACUCGGAGAACAACUGCGCUGCCUUCUACCGCGGCGCCUGGUGGUACCGCAACUGCCACACGUCCAACCUCAACGGGCAGUACCUGCGCGGCGCGCACGCCUCCUACGCCGACGGCGUCGAGUGGUCCUCCUGGACCGGCUGGCAGUACUCGCUCAAGUUCUCCGAGAUGUUCAGCAAAGCUUUGCCGGACAUCUGCUGUGGCCCGGAGCCUGUUGAACAAGACCGAGUCUCUGCCCUCUUGGCACUCAACUUGAAGCAGAGACAGCCAAGAAGCAGGUGUUACAGCCAGAGUGACCAGGGCAGUGACGGGAGCAGCCCAGAAACCAAGAGAGCCACCCCACCUGGGCCACUGGGUCCCCCAGAUAAGGAGCAGAGUGUGGGUGGGACCGAGUCCUCAGCCCAGACUGGAGCUGGCUUCUGCUGCCAGCCGAGGAGCGCCAACCGCUGUUUAGAAAGUGCCAAGCGCUUUCUGAUCUGUCUUCAAACAAAUUCCUGGUGA